AUACUAAGACACAAAAAAGUGAUGUCUGCUGAUGCGCUCAACUCUACCUCUCCCAACCCCUCAGUGAUGUCAGCUGAUGCGCUCAACCCUACCUCUCCCAACCCCUCAGUGAUGUCAACUGAUGCGCUCAACCCUAUAUCUCCCAACCCCUCUGUCUCGUCCAUCUCUCUGGUUGAGAUCAAGGCAGACACUCGUCUGGUGCUGAAAGCUUUCCUCCGCAGCGCACUCUCUAAUCCUUCGACCGAGCGGCUUGGGACGGUGGGGGGAAGCUACAAAGACCACAACAAGUACAGUGCAAAGGAGUCUAGGAAGCGGCCGGACAAUGGCUGGGACUCUCUGGAUGAAGCAAUCAGCUCAGUGGAGGAGAAGAAACACGGCUUGAAGGACCUCAUUAAGAGACGACUGCAGCCACGGCCCUCCACCCUGCCCCUCCGUCGCUCAGCUAAAGACAGCGGUGCAGACCAGACACAAAAUGGUGGCUCUUUGGAGAAGGACGGAAGACCAAAUCGAACCAACCCAGGCCUGCCAGGCUUCUUCAGAGACCAACUCGAGGAAGAUGUUAGGUUCCCCUCCUCCAUGUCAGAUGAAGAAGGGAACGAUCCGAAACAGCAGAAAAAGGCAAAGAAGUUGAAGAACCAGAUCUCCUCUUUCUUCAGCAUGAAAAAGAAGUCAGAAAAGGAUAAAGACAAGGAUGAGACGCGUCUUCAGAGGCCAUCCACACUGACCAUCGGCGUAGGGCCAGUACCCGUGGCGCCAGUCAUCUCUCCCACACACCCUCCUGAGUUCUAUGAGGAGGUGGCUGAGACUCUGGACAGGAUUGCUCAGCGGUCCCACAGUAUGAAGAGACCCCAAAGGCCCAGCCCACGACCCAGCCCUGCUACCACCCCGGUCAAACCUCCCCCUGAACCUGACAAAGAAGAAAUGGUGCGCCAGCUGGUCCAGGUACUGUCUAUGGAAGGGGAUGCCAUCAACUACAAGAUCCAGUCGGACCCCUUCCUGCGCUCCACGCUGAACCGUCUCUCAUACCCGUCCUUCGCCAAGCUCCUGGACACCUUCGCCAGCCAGGAACAGGCCACGCCCUCACCUCUGCCGCCUCCUGCCAGCAGCCCCACGCUGAGACGAGUGGCCGUCACCAUGGAGGUGUCGCGGCGUGUCGUCACAGCAACAGGGAUGCAGCGCAUGCAGGGCUACGCAGAACGCUAUAUGGAGAACUUUGCCCCCUGGGUGAAGAGCCAUGGAGGAUGGGAAAGUAUUGUCCAGUUGGAAGAGAUUUUGGAGUGCGACUGACAACCCUACACCAUCAAGGCAGCUCGGAAAUCCUCACUACUUAUUUUUAACCUAUGACUAAGGCCUGGAGUUGUUUCCUAUCAAGUCGGGUACAACUCAAGACCCUUCCUGACCUCAGUUUCUCCUGUGGUGAGAGACGGAGAAGGAGUUAGCUUUUUAUAACUCUACGACACGUGAAUUAUGUCACUUGUAUUUGUCUGAGAAUCAUGUGUACUUGUACAAUUUUUUUUAUUUUUAUCAAUGUUUUUCUAUAAACGUGUUUUACAAAAA